UUAAUUAUUAUUAAUAAUUGACUAUCAAUUAAAUAAUAACAUGGGGCGAAAGUGUCGUGUUAAAGAUUGCUUAUCGGAUUCGAGGCGUUCAGAAGAUAUGGGAGUGACAUUCCAUAAGGUACCAUUUCAUGCUGAUAUUCGUCCAAAAUGGUUGAGUCUUUGUAAAAUACCAUCAGAAAAUCAAGCUAAUAAAAUCAUUUACGUGUGUUCUCGUCAUUUUCGGCGUAAUGAUUUUUGUACAUUUAAAGGAACCAAGUAUAUGCUAAAACAAGGUGUUUUACCAUCAAUGUUUUCGUGGACUAAUGAUCCAAGCAAAACAUCAAAAGACGUAUCCGAUACAAAAAAUGAAGAACCAUCAACAUCUAAAGUUGACCAACCUACUGAAAACGAAAAUAACGAUGUUCAAACUGAAGUAGCUGAAAAAGUUGACGACAUUCCAAUCGCUCCAGUUACUAAGGAAUCGCCUGUACGAUCUCGACGAAGUAAAAAAAAAUCUAUCGAUUUAGAUAAUAAAACUGAGAUUAAAAACACUGAAAAAAAUGAAGUAGCUGAUAAUGAAGAAGAAAAAAUCGUUGCUGAAAAAAUACUCACUAAAUGUGAAGAUAUUAAAUUUGAUGAAAAAGAUAUAACGAUGCACGACGAAUAUAUUCCAGUUACAGAUUUUACACAAGGAUCGCGUGUAGAAGUUACAGAUUUUAGUGGAUCUUGGUUUCCAGCUCGUAUUAUUGAAGUUGAUUAUACCGAAAAUGAAGUGUUUAUAGAAUUUGACGAUUCUACUAAAUCGAAUGAAUGGAUUCCGAUGGAUAGUAAACGAUUACGUCAACUAAUGGAUAUUGAACGAAGCGUUCAGUAUGAUGUUGGUGAACGUGUUAUGGCUAUGUGGAAAAACUCAAUUAAAUUUCCCGCAACAAUACAAAAGUCUCUCGGAAAUGAUACUUAUGAGGUAUUAUUUGACGACAAUAUACCAUUAGUUUUAAAAUCGUCAAAAAUAUCAAAAUCAAAUCAAUCUCUAAAAAAAAUGACACCCAUUACACCAAAAUCACAUCCAAGUCCAUUGUUUGCUCCAGUCGAAGGAUCUAAACAAGAUCGUCGAGAUAGAAAACGAAAAAUUAAUGUUGCUGAACUAUUUACAAGAAAACGUCCUAAAACCGAUUCGUCUGUUGAGAAAUCUGGUGGUACGUCUGGCUCAGAUGGCGAGAAAGAUAUUAAUGAUAAAGAUAAAGAAGCAAAUGUGCAAGUCACCCCAAAAAUAAAAGAAAUUAGUACACCAGUAACGCCCGUAACUACUUCAACGACCGAAGGUGGUAUUUUCAGUCCUAAUAGCGGCGAUUGGGUAUGUCGUUGGAUAAAUGGUGAUCCGAUUGGUAUUCCAAGUGUUGUAGAUACACGAAGAUCAGUUAUUGUAAGUGAUCCAAGAUUACCUGAUGGUUGGAUCAAACAUUUAGUUUGUAGAGCUCAAGGAACAUCUGCUGGAAAAUGGGAUACAGUUAUUAUUUGUCCCGAUGGAAAAAAGUUUCGGUCGAAGAAUGAUGUUCAAGCAUAUUUAGAAAAAGAAAAAUUGCCGCAUCCCAUCGAAAAAUUUGAUUUUAGUCUACAUUUGAAGAAAGCACGUUCUCUCGGUUUGUACGAAAUCAAUGAAAAUAUUAAAAAACAAACUCCCAAAACUUUGUUAAUUCCUGCUGCUAAAGGAAAAGUGACUCCCAAAGUGGAUAUGAAAGUUGAGAAAACAGAAAAGGAGACUGUUGCAGAUGAUUCAACUAACAAUAGCAGUUUAAAAAUUAUUUGUGAAAAUGGCGCUUACAAAUGCCCUAUCGAAGGAUGUGCAAAAACGUUUAGAAAAGAGAAUCUAACACAAAUGCAUGUGAAGCAUUAUCAUCCUGAAUAUUCUAAAUUCAUCGGAUCAACGCCAAACGUAGCUGAUUUGGCAUAUGCAAGAACUGUUGGUGAACCAAUUGAAGAUUUUCUACCAAAAUCAAGGUUAAGUCAAGGGAAUGUUUCUUCUCCAACUGCAGAGAGAAAACCUGAUAUCCCUAAGUCUACAGUACGAACUUCUAUUAGCAAAAGCAUUUCUCUAAAUGAAAAUGAAAAAUCAGUUGAAGGAAAUAUUACUGAACCUGAAACAAAUAUAGCAACAACUCCUGUAGUUAAACAAAAAUCAAAAGAAUCCGAAAUUGUGAAAAUAUUAACAAAUGAUUCGAAAACUUCAAAAGAUGUUUAUAAAAUGGAUACUAAAUUAAUGUCUAAAAUUUCGUCACCAAAAUAUGAUAAGAAAGACUCACCACAACAUAUUUCUGAACUUAAGGAUGUUAUAGAAAAGCGAGAGCCUAAACAUCAUCCUCUUUCAGAAAUCAAAGAAAAUAAAAACACUUUUGAAAAUAAACCACAUGGUGGUGGUAUUAAAACACUACUUCCAGUAAUUCGAACCUCUCAGGAUUCUGAUAAAAAACAUAUUGAGCCACCAUCUCCAUAUGAUACUGAAGAAUUACCCAAACCACCGAUUAUUCCAAAGAAUGUAUUUGGAAAACACUUGAAACGACGACGAAAUAAUUCUGAGGCUGAUACUUACCACAGACGACGACGAUAUACGAAACAUGAUUAUGAAUAUUAUGCUGAUUACCACGAUGCUGGCAGUCGAUCGCCAGAUUAUGUACCAUAUACCAGAAAAAAGAAAACUGUAGAAUUUAAUGAGGCGCCUCCAACUGUUGCAGAGUAUAAUUAUCAACCACAGCAUCCAAAACAAAUUGUAACGGAUACUGGAGAAGUAAUUAAAAUUGUAACGAUGAAACAAGAAGAGAUUAUAAACUGCACAUGUGGAUUUAUGGAAGAAGAUGGUCUUAUGAUACAAUGUGAAUUAUGUUUAUGUUGGCAACAUGCAUAUUGUAACAGCAUUGAAAGAGAGGAUCAAGUUCCAGAAAAAUAUAUCUGUUAUAUUUGUCAAAAUCCCUUACGAAUGCGGGCAUCACGAAAAUAUUUUCAUGAUCAAGAUUGGUUAAAGCAGGGUACUUUGGCAACCGCUAGCUUUCAUGCUGUCGAUGAAAAUGUAACGAAAGCUCGAUUUGAAAGAUUACGUAAAUCGCAUGAAUUGAGUGGAAAUAUUCAUGAACUUUCGUCGGUUAUGCAUAGUUUAAGAGUUAAAUUGAAAAUUGCUGAAAACAAAGAUCAUCCCAAAUUCUAUCUAUGGUCAAAACCCUGGCCAAAAAUCGAAUUAGACAAUAAUAUAGAGGAUUUAUUAAAUAAUCAAAAUCGUUUAGAGAAUGUGGUACCACCAGAAGUUGUUAAAGAAGAAAUUGUUCCAUCGAACGAUAUCGAAUCAUCUUUAAGCAAAUUAUUAGACUCAAAUGAGCCUGUUGAUCCAAAUAAACAGUUGGAAUUUGAAAAUGAAAUUAUUUCAAAACCGGAAACAACAUCAAGUACUACAAAUAAUGAAUUGUUGAAUAUAUUAGAAGGAAAUGAAGGUUCUGAUACGAAAAUAACAGAUGAAGAUGUUGAAAAAAAAGAUACAUUACCACCAAAUAUUGAAUUACCUCCAAAAAAAGAUGCAGAUAAUCCUGAUUUAAAAUCAAAUAAAAAUUGGAUUGACGGGGGUGUAAUGUGUGGAGAAGUAUCUGAUGGAGAAAUGAUCAGUCAAGCACUUGCCAGUGAAGCAUUAGCAAAUGAUUUACUUAGCUCGCCAACUACUUUAAACUUAUCAGCAUUAACUCCUAGUGAUAUUGAAAAAAUUCAAAACACAAUUGACAAUUCUGCAUCAUUAGUGAGUCCAUGUGUACCUGAACCAGAAGCCAAAAUAGAAUCUGAUGCCUGUCGAGAAAAUCUUAUUGAAAACAUUAGUCAUUACCAAAAACUAAUUAAUGACAGAAUGGAUCGUAUGGAAGAACAAAUCAAAAAAUUAGAGGAUGAAAGCGGUGAUACACAUGGAGGUUUACCAGAAGUAACGUCUCAAAAUGAUGUGAAAAUGAAAGAAGCAUUUGUAAUGUUAAUUCGAGAUCUUGGAAAAAUACGAAAACUUGCAGCAUUGUAUUAAAUUGUAUAUUUUUAUUUCAAUAAAUAUUUUUUUUAUAUGUA